AUGUCUCUGACCGCACACGGUACAAUCAUGCACGUCGACCAGCGAUUCACCGCGCUCUUCAUCAUCGACGCCGAAACCCGCGUGCGCUACACCGGCCAAUUCUUCGGGCCCACCACAGACUUCGUCAGCGAGCACGCCGUAAUGACAUACACCACCCUCGAUCACGUCUUCAGCUCCAGCCAGAUGACCUGCGCAUUCGGUACGCAUGAAAUACAGCUUAGAUCUGAAGCCGGGCGGGUGGUUAUUAAUGGCUCUGUGUUAUGGCCGUUACCCGACAUUCCGACUCGGGCGCUUGUGGGUGAAUGGAAGGUCUCAACUUAG